AUGUCCGACGUCGAACGUGACCCCACCCCCGCCGAAAUCGCCAACCGCGAACGCGAAGAAACAGAACGCAAGGCAAAGGAAGAAGCAGAACAAGCCCAGCUCCCGUACAAAUGGACACAAACUAUCCGUGAUGUAGAGGUGACGGUGCCAGUGCCAGGAAAUCUUAAGGGAAGGGAUAUGGAUGUGGUGUUGACCAAGAAUAAGAUUAAGGUGGCCGUGAAGGGACAGCAGACCUUCAUUGAGGGCGAUUUCCCCCAUCCUAUUCUCGUCGAUGAAUCCUCGUGGACUCUCGAAACAACCUCGCACCCACCUGGGAAAGAAGUCUCGGUCCACCUGGACAAGGUCAACAAGGUUGAAUGGUGGCCGCAUGUGGUGACCUCUGCUCCCAAAAUCGAUGUGUCCAAGAUUACUCCCGAAUCAUCCAAGCUGAGCGAUCUAGACGGAGGAACGAGAGCAAUGGUGGAGAAAAUGAUGUACGACCAGCGACAGAAGGAGAUGGGUGGACAGACUAGCGAUGAGCAGCGAAAGGCAGAGAUUCUGAAGAAGUUCCAGGCGGAUCACCCGGAGAUGGACUUUUCCAAUGCCCAGAUUGGCUGA